AUGCUCGGGAGAGCUGCCUCUCAUCAGCUCCCUUCAACUCCUCUCAGCAGCUCCCUUCAACUCCUCUCAGCAGCUCCCUUCAACUCCUCUCAGCAGCUCCCUUCAACUCCUCUCAGCAGCUCCCUUCAACUCCUCUCAGCAGCUCCCUUCAACUCUCCCUUCAACUCCUCUCAGCAGCUCCCUUCAACUCCUCUCAGCAGCUCCCUUCAACUCCUCUCAGCAGCUCCCUUCAACUCCUCUCAGCAGCUCCCUUCAACUCCUCUCAGCAGCUCCCUUCAACUCCUCUCAGCAGCUCCCUUCAACUCCUCUCAGCAGCUCCCUUCAACUCCUCUCAGCACCUCCCUUCAAAUCCUCUCAGCAACUCCCUUCAACUCCUCUCAGCAGCUCCCUUCAACUCCUUUCAGCAGCUCCCUUCAACUCCUUCCAGCAGCUCCUUCUUAG